GGCAGCUGCUGUGUGGCGAAGACCGUGUUGUGGGCAGCUGCUGUGUGGCGAAGACCGUGUUGUGGGCAGCUGCAAGUCUUCAGAGAUGUCAUCACCAGCAGCAACACGCCAAAACAAUGUCUGCAAAGAUAAAAUGUGGAUCGCCAUGAAGCUGAGGCAAGGCCAAGGGCAGCCAGAGAGACUAUCUUUCCCUGGUGUACAAGUGAAGGUACAACUCUCAGUUUAACAACGCGGCCCACAGUGGCAAGGUGUUCAAGAUGGUGGUAGACCUGAACGGGGUGCGAGAUACAGUAAUAGGAGCCACGACAGUAGCCUUGCUACCAGUGCUACGGCUACUUCUAGUCAGUGUAUUUCCUGAAGCUGGUCAAGAGCAAUAUGCAUUAAAUGGUCCUCUGUCUGCUCAGUACGACUUUAUUAUCGUGGGUGGAGGCACAGCAGGUUGUAUACUAGCAGCCAGACUAUCAGAGGUACCUGAGUGGAGGGUGCUGCUACUUGAGGCAGGAGGACCUCCACCCCUGGAGUCCAACGUUCCAGCCUUCCUGCCCAUCUCUUACAUUCCUGGCUACACCGAGGACUGGGGCUACUCCACCGUCCCUCAGAAAUAUUCCUCCCAGAACUUUGCCAAUCACGCAGCAAGGCAGCCCCAGGGUAGAGUGCUGGGUGGUGGUUCCACUGUCAAUGGCAUGAUGUAUGUCAGAGGUAACAGGAGGGAUUUUGACCGGUGGGCAGCCUGGGGUAACCCAGGUUGGGACUACCUGAGUGUCCUUCCAUAUUUCAUCAAAGCUGAGGACUACCGUGGGGAGGUCCAGCAAACUGAGGCCUUCCAUGGGCGCAGUGGACCCAUUGGUGUCACUCCAGGACCGAUGACACCCCUCACACGAGCCUUCAUACAGGGGGGCCAGGAGCUAGGCUAUCCUGUCAUUGAUUACAACGGCCCAGAACAACUAGGAUUUUCCGUGACAUAUUUUUCAAUUAAAGAUGGGGUCAGAUCUUCAACAGCCAGGGAAUACUUAAAACCUGCGAACAAACGUCCCAAUCUUCACAUCCUGCACAGUGCUACUGUUCAUAGGGUUAUUUUCCGCGACAAAAGAGCUGUUGGCGUCAGAUUUGAAUACAAUAAAAAAAUGUUAACAGUGGGAGCGCUGCGUGAAGUCAUAAUGUCUGCUGGGCCGGUAGCAUCACCCAAGUUACUCAUGUUGUCAGGGGUCGGACCCAAGGAACAUCUCCAGCAGCAUAAACUGAAGGUGGUGGCAGACAUACCAGGAGUCGGCCAGAAUGUGCACGAUCAUGUUGAAAUUUUAGGUCUCAGCUGGUUGGGCGUUAAAGGCACAUCUUCUCUAGGCUUACUGGAAACAUUCAACCCCAUUGCAAUCAAGCAACACAGAGCCACCAGACAAGGACCUGUGGGUGCAGCACCACUGAAUUUCCUGAACGCUUGGGUAAAAGUGUCACAAGAAGGCGAUCCAUUAUGGCCCGACAUGCAACUGUUUUUCAAUGGUGCCACUAUAGCAUAUGACAAGGGUACUAUAAAUUCUGGCUUUUGGGGAUUUGAUAAAAAGAAAUUUAAAGAGUACAUGGGUGAAAUAUUGGGAAGAGAAGGAUUCUGUAUCAGACCCAUCCUUGGUCUACCCAAGAGUAGAGGAACCAUCACGCUUAAGUCGACAAAUGUACAUGAUCAUCCAAAUAUUGAUCCUCAGCUUCUGUCACAUCCAGAUGAUGUCAAAGCCCUUGUUAAAGGGAUAAAGGUCGCCUUGGCAAUGGGCAACACUUCAGCCUUCAUCCACAACUUUGGAGCAAAGUUUUAUGAUAAGCCUCUCCCUGGGUGCACUGGUGAAAUAUAUGGUUCCGAUUCCUACUGGGUUUGCUAUGUCCGUCACAUGUCUACAACUUUCUACCAUCUUACUGGGGGCUGUAAGAUGGCACCAGCUUCAGAUCCUUAUGGUGUGGUGGAUCAUACACUGAGGGUUCGUGGAGUUGGAGGACUGAGAGUAGUGGAUGCCUCCAUUAUGCCAUUUAUUACUAAUGGUAAUACAAAUGCUCCUACUAUUAUGAUAGCCGAGAAGGGCAGUGACAUGAUAAAACAAGAGUGGAAGCGCUCGGCAGGACUGAAUAUAUAAAUCAGAUCUAUCAAAUCAAGGACUGGUCUUAAACUGGCCAUGGUACCUUCCCAGGUAUCAUAAAUGUUAAUAUUGAUCAAUAAAGUAAGAUUGUGUGUAUGUAUAUUAAAGAAUUGUAUGGUAAUAAAUGUGUGUAAAUAAAUAAAUUUGUUCAACAUUUUAAUUUAUUAAAUUGUACCACUUAAUGAAUGCAGAAACCUUCCUUUCUCUAAGGCACUAGAAUUGUAGGGGUUAUACAGUACUUACGGAAGAAUCAGGUCUAACUCUUAAUCAGAAGAGUCAUUUACUCAGGAAAAAAUUCUUGAACUAGACAUCACCUUCCUUGGAUUGAACAUAAUUACUACUCUCAUUAUAUAUAUAUAUAUAUAUAUGUUUUAUAAUCCUUGUGGGUUCAAUACUUCCCAUAGUUUAUGGCCUUAAUUUUAAUAAUGAAUACUCAACUUGGAUCAUCCGGAUUGCUAGCUGCCUUCCUAUUUUAUAGACUGAUGAAGGAAUAUUAAAUAGUACAUUAUUCUUUUCAUGAAUAUAAUUAAUUAUCAAUAUUCAUAAACCUGGCUAGUCAAUCUCUAUUAUUAUGUGGAAGGCAUUCAGGGAACUGGAGCACAGAUCCAAUUGCCUAAAUCAAGAGCCCCUCACCAACAUCAAGGAACCUUCCUUGAGGGGUCUCUACCCCACAAGUUAAAGUAAAUUUGUACUAAGAGUAUCAACCAUCAUGAGCUUCAUUCCUUACAAAUGUUUACUGGAAACCAUAGCCAUUAAGUGCCUAUCUACUCUAAA